AUGACCAACACAGAGACCACCACAACCACCUCAGAGACCACCACCACCUCCUCAGGGACCACGACCACCACCCCAGAGACCUCCACCACCAUCACAGAGACCACCACGACCACCACAGGUUCCUCCACGACCACCACAGGGACAACCUCAACAACCUCAGGGACCUCCACGACCUCGGUGACCUCCACGACCAUCCCAGUGACCUUCACAACCACCUCAGGGCCCACCCCAACCACCACAGAAAUCUCCACAACCACACCAGUGACCACCACGACCACGACAGGUUCCUCCAUGACCACCUCAGGGACCACCCCAACCUCCUCAGGGUCUUCCACGACCACCCCUAAGACCACCACAACCAUCCCAGGGAGCUCCUCGACCAUCACAGGGACCACCACGACCACCACAGCGUCCUCCACGACCACUUCAGGGACCUCCACGACUCCAGCGACCACCACGGUCACCCCAGAGACCUCCUCAACCACCUCAGGGACACCCACAACCACACCAGUGACCACCACGACCAUCUCAGAGACCUCCACGACCUCGGUGACCUCCACCACCACCCCAGGGAGCUCCACGACCAUCACAGGGACCAUCCCGAGCACCACAGAGACCUCCACGACCUCCUCAGGAACCACCACAACCACCCCAGAGACCUCCACGACCGCCCCAGUGACCACCAUGACCAUCUCAGAGACCACCACAACCAUCCCAGGGAGCUCCACGACCACCUCAGGGCCCUCCAUGACCACAUCAGGAACAACCACGAUCAACACAGAGACCACCCUGACCACCUCAGGUUCCUCCACGACCUCAGGGACCACCCCAACCUCCUCAGGGUCUUCCAUGACCACCUCAGAGACCUCCACAACCUUGGUGACCUCCACGACCAUCCCAGAGACCUCCACAACCUUGGUGACCUCCACAACCAUCCCAGUGACCACCACGACCAUCACAGGGACCAUCCCGAGCACCACAGAGACCACCACGACCACCCCAGUGACCUCCACAACCACUUUAGGGGCCACCACCACCUCCUCAGGGACCACGACCACCAUCCCAGAGACCUCCACAACCACCGCAGGGACUUCCACAGCUCCAGAGACCACCACGGUCACCCCAGAGACCACCUCAACCACCUCAGGGACACCCACGACCUCAGUGACCUCCACAACCACCACAACGACCACUCCCACCUCCUCAGGGUCUUCCACGACCACCCCAGUGACCACCACGACCACCCCAGUGACCACCACGACCACCACAGGUUCCUCCACGACCUCAGAGACCACCACGGUCACCCCAGAGACCACCUCAACCACCUCAGGGACACUCACAACCACACCAGUGACCACCACGACCAUCUCAGAGACCUCCACGACCUCGGUGACCUCCACCACCAUCCCAGGGAGCUCCACCACCAUCACAGGGACCACCGUGACCACCACAGCGUCCUCCACAACCACUUCAGGGACCUCCAUGACUCCAGUGACCACCACGGUCACCCCAGAGACCACCUCAACCACCUCAGGGUCUUCCACGACCACCCCAGUGACCUCCACGACCACCUUAGGCACCACCACCACCUCCUCAGGGACCACGACCACCAGCCCAGGGACCUCCACGACCACCCCUAAGACCUCCACAACCACCUCAGGGCCCACCCCAACCACCACAGAACUCUCCACGAUCACAUCAGGGACCACCCUGACCACCACAGAUUCCUCCACGACUCCCACAGGGACCACCCCAACCUCCUCAGGGUCCUCCACGACCAUCCCAGAGACCUCCACGACCACCCUAGUGACCUCUACAACCAUCACAGGGACCAUCCUGAGCACCACAGAGACCUCCACGACCUCCUCAGGAACCACCAUGACCAACACAGAGACCUCCACCACCAUCACAGGGACCACACUGACCACCUCAGGGACACCCACAGCCACACCAGCGACCACCACGACCAUCCCAGAGACCACCUCAACCACCUCAGGGACACCCACGACCACCCCCCAGACCACCACGACCUCCUCAGGGACCACCACGACCACAUCAGAGACCACCACGACCACCCCACCGACCUCCACAAGCACGUCAGGGACAUCCAUGACCACCCCAGGGACCACCACCUCUUCCUCAGGGACCACCACGACCAUGUCAGGGGCGACCACCUCAGGGACCACCACAGCCACCCCUAAGACCACCACAACCGCCUCGUGGACCAGCAGGACAACCCCAGGGACCUCCACGACCACAGCAGAGACCUCCACGACUCCAGCGACCACCACAGUCACCCCAGAGACCUCCACGACCUCAGUGACCUCCACAACCAUCACAACGACCACUCCCACCUCCUCAGGGUCUUCCACAACCACCUCAGGGACACCCACGACCACCCCAGUGACCACCACAACAACCUCAGAGACCUCCACGACCUCGGUGAUGUCCACCACCAUCCCAGGGUCUUCCACAACCACCUCUGGGACCACCCCAACCAUCUCAGAGACCACCACGACCCCUCCUAAGAGCACCCCAACCACCCCAGUGACCUCCAUAACCACCACAAUGACCACUCCCACCAUCCCAGGGGAGCUCCACGACCACCCCAGUGACCAGCCCAACCACCUCAUGGACCACCUGGACCACAUCAGGAACCACCACGACCACCUCAGAGACCUCCACCACCAUCACAGGGACCAUCCCGAGCGCCACAGCGUCCUCCACGACCGCUUCAGGGACCUCCACAACCUCAGAGACCACCACGGUCAUCCCAGAGACCUCCACAACCACACCAGGGACACCCACAUCCACCCCAGUACCACCCCACCACCACAUCACCCAAGACCACCAGCAGAGACCACCCCAACCUCCUCAGGGACACCCACAACCACACCAGUGACCUCCACCACUUCCUCAGGAACCUCCACUGCGACCUUCCCAGAGACCUCCACCACCUCAGUGACCACCCCGACCACAUCCGAGACCACCCCGACCUCCUCAGAGACCUCCACGACCACCUCAGGGACCUUCCCAACCACCUCAUGGACCACCACCAUGACCACCUCAUGGACCUCCACGACUUCAGGGACCACCACGACCACAUCAGAGACCACCACGACCACCCCAGGGAGCUCCACGACCAUCACAGGGACCAUCCCGACCACCACGACCACCCCAGUGACCAGCCCAAUGACCUCCUGGACCACCUCGACCACAUCAGGAACCACGCCGACCACCCCAGUGACCUCCACGACCUCAGAGACCUCCACAACCACCUCUGGCUCCACCACCACCCCAGGGACCUCCACGACCUCCUCAGGCUCUACCAUGACCACAUCUGGGACCUCAACGACCUCAUGGACCACCUCAGCCACCCCUAAGACCGCCCCAACCUCCUCAGGGACACACACGACCACAACAGAGACCACCCAAAUCACCUCAGGGACCUCCACAACCACCCCAGGGACCACCACGACCACCUCGGAGACACCCACGACCAACACAGAGACCUCCACAACCUCAGUGACCACCACGUCCAUCCCAGAGACCACCACAACCACCCCACCGACCUCCACAAGCAUGUCAGGGACAUCCAUGACCACCCCAGGGACCACCACCUCUUCCUCAGGGACCACCACGACCAUGUCAGGGGCGACCACCCCAGGGACCACCACAGCCACCCCUAAGACCACCACAACCGCCUCAGUGGACCAGCAGGACAACCCCAGGGACCUCCCAAACCACAGCAGAGACCUCCACGACUCCCAGCGACCACCACGGGUCUUCCACAACCACCUCUGGGACACCCACGACCACCCCUGUGACCACCACCACCAUCCCAGGGAGCUCCACGACCACCCCAGUGACCAGCCCAACCACCUCAUGGACCACCUGGACCACAUCAGGAACCACCACGACCACCUCAGAGACCUCCACCACCAUCACAGGGACCAUCCCGAGCGCCACAGCGUCCUCCACGACCGCUUCAGGGACCUCCACAACCUCAGAGACCACCACGGUUCCUCCACGACCUCAGAGACCACCACGGUCGCCCCAGAGACCACCCCAACCUCCUCAGGGACACCCACAACCACACCAGUGACCACCACGACCAUCUCAGAGACCUCCAUGACCUCGGUGACCUCCACAACCACCCCAGGGAGCUCCACGACCAUCACAGGGACCAUCCCGAGCACCACAGAGACCUCCACGACCACCCCAGUGACCUCCACGACCUCAGAGACCUCCACAACCAUCACAGAGACCUCCACAACCACCUCUGGCUCCACCACCACCCCAGGGACCUCCACGACCUCCUCAGGCUCUACCAUGACCACAUCUGGGACCUCAACGACCUCAUGGACCACCUCAGCCACCCCUAAGACCGCCCCAACCUCCUCAGGGACACACACGACCACAACAGAGACCACCCAAACCACCUCAGGGACCUCCACAACCACCCUAGGGACCACCACGACCACCUCGGAGACACACACGACCACAACAGAGACCACCCCAACCACCUCAGGGACCUCCACGACUCCAGCGACCACCACGACCAUCCCAGAGACCUCCACAACCACCUCAGGGACACCCACAACCACACCAGUGACCACCACGACCUCAGUGACCUCCACAACCAUCACAGAGACCACCCCAACCUCCUCAGGGUCUUCCACGACCACCCCAGUGACCACCACGACCACCCCAGGUUCCUCCAUGACCUCAGAGACCACCACGAGACCUCCGACCACCACCACAGGGACACCCACAUCCACACCAGUGACCACCAUGACCUCGGUGACCUCCACAACCACCCCAGGGUCCUCCACAACCACCUCAGGGUCCACCACAACCAUGUCCGGGACCUCCACGAGCUCCACCACCUUCCCAGAGACCUCCACGACCUCAGGGCCCACCACGACCAUCCCAUGGACCACCCCGACUAGCCCAGAGAUGACACCAACCACCUCAGGGACACCCAUGACCCCACCAGAGACCCCCACGACCACCUCAGUGACCACCUCAACCAUCUCAGGGUCUUCCAUGACCACCUCAGGGACCUCCACAACCAUGUCAGGGACCACCCCGACCACCUCAGUGUCCUCCACGACCACACCGGAGACCCCCACGACCUCAGUGACCACCACGAUCUUCCCAAAGACCACCACCACCUCAGGAACCACCACAACCGUGUCAGGGACCUCCACGACCACACCAGAGACCCCCACGACCACCUCAGGUACCACCAUGACCUCAAUGACCUCCACGACCACCUCAGGAACACCUAGGACCACCCCAGCGACCACCCCAACCAUCUCAGGGUCUUCCACAAUCACCUCAGGGACCACCACAACCAUGUCAUGGACCACUCCAACCACCUCGGGGACCUCCACGACCACCCCAGUGACCACCACGACCUUCCCAGAGACCUCCACCACCUCAGUGACCACCCCGACCACAUCAGAGACCACCCCGACCACGUCAUGGACCACCAUGACCACUUCAGGGACCUCCACUACCUCCUCAGGGUCCACCAUGACCACUCCUAAGACCACCCCAACCACCUCAUGGAGCUCCACGACUUCAGGGACCGUCAUGACUACAUCAGAGACCACCACGACCUCAGUGACCACCACGAUCUUCCCAAAGACCACCACCACCUCAGGAACCACCACAACCAUGUCAGGGACCUCCACCACCACACCAGAGACCCCCACGACCUCAAUGACCUCCACGACCACCUCAGGAACACCCACGACCACCACAGCAACCACCCCAACCAUCUCAGGGUCUUCCACAAUCACCUCAGGGACCUCCACGACCUCCUCAGGCUCCACCACGACCACUCAUAAGACGACCCCAACCACCUCAUGGACCUCCACGACUUCAGAGACCACCACGACCACCCCACUGACCUCCACAACCACAUCAGGGAGCUCCAUGACCACCCCAGGGACCACCACCUCCUCCUCAGGGACCACCACGACCAUGUCAGGGAUGACCACCCCAGGGACCACCACCACCUUCUCAGGCUCCACCACGAGCACCUCAGGGACCACCCCAACCACCUCGGAGACACCCACGACCAACACAGAGACCUCCACAACCUCAGUGACCACCACGUCCAUCCCAGAGACCACCACGACCUCCUCAGGGACCACCACGACCACAUCAGAGACCUCCACGACGACCCCUAAGACCACCCCAACCACCACAGGGACACCCACAGCCACCACAGCGACCACCCCAACCAUCUCAGGGUCUUCCACGACCACCUCAUGGACCUCCACAACCAUGUCAGGGACCACCACGACCACUCCUAAGACCACCCCAACCACCUCGGGGACCUCCACAACCACACCAGAGACCACCACGACCACCUCAAGGACCACCACGACCACCCCAGAGACCACCACGACCUCCUCAGGGACCUCCACGACCUUCCCAGAGCCCACCACGACCUCACGGACCACCGCAACCACCUUGCUGACCUCCACGUCGCCCACCAUCUCCACCACCCCUUUCCCCACCACGGUUCCACCUCCACCAGGGCUGUGUGAGAACGGGGGGACCCCCGGUGGCACCGGAUGUCUCUGCUCGCCGUCCUACGCCGGACCACGCUGCGAGUUCUCCACCGACACCGUGGACACCAACCUGCCGUUCCCUGGGACCAUCAUGGCCGCCGUGGACAUGGAGGUGACCCUCACCAACUUCAACUACUCCGAGGACCUGAAGGACCCCGACUCCGAGACCUUCCUCUCCUUCCAGAACCACUUCCGGCAGGAGAUCAAGAAGAUCUAUGGGACCAUCCCUGGCUACGAGGGCGUGGAGAUCACCAGCCUCAAGUCCGGCAGCAUCGUGGUGGGACACCAGGUGUUCUUCACCAUGGCCCAGAGCAGCAACACCACCGAGAAGUUCCAGGAGACCACGAAGGAGAUGGUGGAGAACCUGCGGGAGGCGGAGGCCGGCCAGGGCCAGUGCCAGCACAACACCUCCGUGCUGUGCCUGGUGCUGAGACCCAACCCCGUGGUCAGCGCCAUGAGGGAGGUGAUGGACCUGGAUGAGCUGUGCCACCAGCGAGCCCCCGCCGGCUACGGUGACUUCUUCUGGGCGGUGGUGACCUCGGGGGUCCUGCACUGCGUCACCUCCUGCACGCCCAACCUGCCCCAGAGCCUGGAGUGCCACCAUGGCCGCUGCCAGGUCACCCGCCAGGGACCACAGUGCUUGUGA